AUGGCCUCCCAGCCGCAGCCCCUGCCCCCCGCCGUGCCCUGCGCCUCCCCUGCCGGCACUGCGGGGACCGGGCUGGCCGGCAGCCCCGAUAAAGGCAGCGCACGCCCCAAGCCACCGGUGCGGCCCAAGCCCCGCGUGCUGCCCAAGCCGGCAGUGCCCGCCAAGCCCCCGGUGCCGCCCCCCACGCCGGGCCCGCGGCACCCCCGGCCCGAGCUGCCCUCGGCCGAGAAGAUGAACCGCCUGGCCGGGCCCCAGCCCUACAGCGGGGCAGGCGCAGGGGGGCCCCUCCGGCGCCCCUCCUUCACUGUCAGAUCACCCGAGACCCCCAACGGGAAGGGGCCCUCGUCGCCCUCGGUCACAAGCACUGAGGAGGAGGUGCCGCCGGCCCCGCCAACCCCCUCGCGCAAGGGCCCGGCGCCCUUCAAGGUGACGCCGGUGCCGGUGGCCGCCAGGCCGGAGCGGUUCCCGGGCACCACCGUGGAGGAGAUCCUGGCCAAGAUGGACAGCAGGGAGGGCCCGGGCAGCCCAGACCGAGCCUGGCUCUCGCCCUUGUGCACCGACCCCUCCUCCCGCUUCGGCUCCAAGACCUUUGUUGCGUUCCGGAAGCGUCCCAGUGGGGAGGCAGACGGAGAUCCUGCCACUGAAGCCCCCCAGAUGCCCCGACCUGCGGCAGGCGAGCUGGGAAUGGGGGAUGAUGGACACCCUGUGGCUGAGAUGAGCAGCUCCCCCCCAGCCGGGCCGAGCUGUGCCGGGGACCCCUGUGGACGCCGGAGGCCGCCAUCCCCUCCUGACCUUUCCACUCUACAGCUGGGUGCCCUUGGACCUCCAGGCUCCCCAAGGCCCCCCACCUGCCAAGCCCCAGCCCCAGGAGCUCCUUUCCAGCCUGCUGAGCCCUCUGCCCCAGCCCCUGGCUCCCCUGAUGCCCCCCCCGAGCUCCUGGCCCCUGACUCCCCGACACUGCCCCCCGGCUCCCCUGAAUCCCCCACUCGGCCUCCAGUCGAGGUCCCUGUCACCUCCAUCCAGGCCCCGGGCGCUCCCUCGGCCACCGAUCUCCAGCUCAGAGUCUCUCGUUCCCCUGGCUCCCCACACACUCCAGGGGAGGGAUCCCCUGGCACUGCCAGCCCCCCUGGCACUCCUGAACUGCCCCCACGAGUCACCUGUCCCCCUGGCUCUCCCGAGGCUGCUGCCGAGUACCUGGGCCCCCCCAGCCCACCCCUUGCCAAAGCCUCUCGUCCCCCAGGCUCCCCAGAGGGACCUGAUGACUCCGCAGUGUCCCCACGGUUCCAUGAGGGUCCUGAUUUCAACCCCCCUCCCCGGGAUGUGGGGCUCCGGCGCUCCUCAGAGGGAGUGCUGCGGCCCCCGCCCACGGGGCAGGGCCUGGGGGAGCUGGGGGGCUCACUGAGUGCCCUGCCCCGGGCUGGAGACCUCCUGUCAGAGCCCUCCCUGGGCAGUGAGUCCGGCUGGAGCCUUUCCCAGUCCUUUGAGUGGACAUUCCCGUCGCGGGGGGCACGCUUGCCAGCCUUCCCUCCCCGCUCCCCCAUCCGGGAGACACCCGACUCAGGGCUGUCCGAAGAGGGGGAGUCAGAUGGGGAGGCUGCAGCCCCCAGCCCUCCAAAGGACAGCAGGGCUGAAGGACCUGGCAGCCAGCAGGCAGAGGGGGCUCCAUGCCCAGGGGGUCCUGUGGCACAGCAAGAGGCUGAGCACUCAGCAGAGGAGGAGGAGGAGGAGGAAAGGGAGGCAGAGCAAGAUGCUCCCAUGUCCCAUUCCCCACUUUGUGUGACAGAGCCUGGCCAGCAGCCAGCUGAGCCUGAGUCCCCCACCCAGCCCAGCCUUACCACAGCUGGCCCCCUGGAUCCAGCCCUGCCAGAUCCAGCUGCUCCAGCUGACUCAGCCUGGGCAGGUGAUGGCCCCAAGAGCCUGCAGAGUCCUGGGGGCCCAGGCCAGGCUGAGAAACCCUCACAGGAGCCUGACCCCCACGCUGACCCAGGCUGGCUGACAGAACUGUUGGAGUCACCUGGGGUCCACAGCUCUCCAGAGAACCUGCUGGGCUGGUCACGGAAGGACCUGUGCAGUGAGUUCGGCAUUGGCCACCCUCGCCAGGACAGCACCUUUGACUGGAGCCACCCAGGUGCAUCCAGGGAGAGAGACUGGCCUGUUGAGACCAAGCAGGACCAGGAAUUUGGGACCAAAUCCAGCUGGGACAGCAACCACAGCAACAAGGACAGCACUGCCCGUGAGAGCUGGAGUGGUGACUACAGAGCAGCGGAGCUGAUGGGGGACACGAAACUGGGCUGCAGCGACUGGUCCCAGUCCCUUGGCACUGGGAAGAGCUGCCCACAGGAUCCAGACUUCAGUGCCAGCACAGCUGAGUGGGGCCAGGGCUAUGGCAGCACAGAGGAGCUUGGCUCCAGACAGGCCAACUGGGGCAGUGGCCUUGGCACGGGACACGUCCGGCAGCUGGACAAGGAGCCACACUCUGGGCAGCCCACCUGGGCAGACAGGUACAGCGACAGGGACAUGGAGAUGAAGGACAGGGAACUCACCCCAGACUGGGCCAGUAAAUACAGCAGCCAGGAUGCUGGGAGCAAGGACGAGAAUUUAACGCUGGGCUGGGCUGGCAGAUCCAGCACCGGGGACAGCCCAGAUAAGGAGCUCAGCCCCAGCCGGCCAGCCUGGGAUAGGAGGUAUAACCCCAGAGACAUGGAGAGCCAGGACAGGGAGUUCAGCCCCAGCCGGCCAGCCUGGACUGGUGAAAUCAGGGACAUGGAAAGCCAGGACAGGGAGUUCAGCCCCAGCAGGCCAGCCUGGGAUGACAGAUCCAGCACCAAGGAGAUGGAGAGCCAGGACCAGGAGUUCAGCCCCAGCAGGCCAGCCUGGGGUGACAGAUCCAGCACCAAGGAGAUGGAGAGCCAGGACCAGGAGUUCAGCCCCAGCAGGCCAGCCUGGGGUGACAGAUCCAGCACCAAGGAGAUGGAGAGCCAGGACCAAGAGUUCAGCCCCAGCAGGCCAGCCUGGGAUGACAGAUGCAGCAGCAGGGACAUGGAGAGCCAGGAUCAGGAGUUCAACCCCAGCAGGCCAGCCUGGGAUGACAGAUGCAGCAGCAGGGACAUGGAGAGCCAGGAUCAGGAGUUCAGCCUCAGCAGGCCAGCCUGGGAUGACAGAUCCAGCACCAAGGAGAUGGAGAGCCAGGAUCAGGAGUUCAGCCUCAGCAGGCCAGCCUGGGAUGACAGAUCCAGCAGCAGGGACAUGGAGAGCCAGGAUCAGGAGUUCAGCCUCAGCAGGCCAGCCUGGGAUGACAGAUGCAGCAGCAGGGACAUGGAGAGCCAGGAUCAGGAGUUCAGCCCCAGCAGGCCAGCCUGGGAUGACAGAUCCAGCACCAAGGAGGUGGAGAGCCAGGACCAGGAGUUCAGCCCCAGGAGGCUGGCUGAAGCCAGUGAAUGCAGUACCAGGGACUUGGAAACCCAGGAUGAGUUCAGUCCCAGCGGAGCUACCUGGGGUGACAGAUCCAGCACCAAGGACAUGGAGACCCAGGACAGUGAAUUCACAUCCAGCAGAGCAGCCGGGGAUGGCAGGCACAGCACUGGGGACACGGAGACCCGGAAUGGGGAGUUCAGCCCCAGCAGAAGUGUCUGGGAUGACAGAUCCAGCACCAGGGAUGUGGAGGCACAGGACAGAGAGUUGAGCCCCAGUGGAGCAGCCUGGGAUGGGCAGCACAGCUCUGUGACCCCCAUGGAGGAAGAGCAGGAGCGGGUCCCAGCCCGGCUGAGCUGGCCCGGUGAGGGUGGCAUCGGACAGAGCGGGCUGGUCAGGGUUGGUGAGCAGGACAUGCCCAGCUCCCACUGCCCCGAGCCCCCGGCCCAGGAGCCCACCUGGGGCAGUGCCCACCAGCAGGAGCAUCACAGCUCUAGCAGCAGGGACGGGACUGAGGAGCUUGGAGCAUCUGAGUGCCAGAGCCAGUUUGGUGUCAUUGGGACAGAGCGGGUGGCAGAUCCCUGCAGUGCCAGAGCCUCGGAUGGCUCCAUGUCCGGGGUCCUGCCACAGCCCCGGGCAGGCUUGCACAGGGAUCUCUCUCUGGACAUGGGCAAUGCCCGCUGGAGCCAGGACCUGGACAGCCUGAGUGUGGAGCCACAGGAUGCCGAGGCCAGGCGCCAGGAGUGGGCGAGUGCCUUCAGCGCCCGCUGCGCUGCCCGCAGCCGGGACCUUGGUGCGGGGGAGCGGAGCGUGGGAGGGGACACCGGCGCAGAGCACGGGUCGGUCCCCAGCCCUUCGAUGGGUGACAUUCCAGCUGAUUGCCCAGUUGUGGAGCCCCCCCGGAGUGAGUCACCCAGCCACUCUGAGGAAGAGAGGCAUCCCUCUGAACCAGCCACUGCCCCACAGAGCCCCAUGGUCCCCCCUGUGCUGCCAGAGGCUGCCAGUGGGAUCCCAAUGAACGCAGGAAGUGAGGAACAGCCCUCGGACCACCCAGACGGGGAGAGCUCCUUGAGCUGGGGGGAGCAGCGGCUCUCACUGACUACCCCCCAGCCCGAGGGGUCCAUGGAGCAGGGACAGGAAUUUCCUCUUCUGGAGGACACGGAGCUCCUGGACAGCAGCGUGUUCCGCUGCAAGGCCAGCCUGGGCCGCAAGCGCCAGCACCGGGCACCAUCCCUGCGCCCCACCACCACCGAGGGAGAGAGCUGGAUCUUCCGGGACUCCACAGAGCCCCGGCCAGCCCCGGCAGCAUCCUCCGACGAGGAAGCAGCAGAGGAGCCCCGGAGCCGGCGGAUGCGCGGCUCAUCCUCGGGCAGGGGGGUCAAGGUGCCGCUCUUUCCUGGCCUCAGUGCCUCUGCCAUCAAGGCCAAGCUGAGGGGUCGCAACCGCUCGGCCGAGGAGGGGACAUCAUCAGGGGACAGCAAGGGGACCCCUCCUAAAGACCCCCAUGUGCAGCGCUCCAAGUCCUGCAAGAUCCCCGGUGUGAGUGGGAAACCCCCAGCCCUGCCCCCCAAGCCAGAGAAAACCUCAGGAUCCGAGGCCUCUCCCCCCCACUGGCUGCAGGCCCUGAAGCUGAAAAGGAAGAAGCCUUGAGCAGGGCUCACUCCGACGCUGAAGCCCGCUGUCCCUGGACCAGGGCUGUCCCCUCCUGUGGGGACACACACACACACACACACACACACACACACAGCCACCUAUGCACUUUGUACGAGCUUGCAGGGUCCCUGUCUUCCCAGCACCUCCUCCCUAACCCGCCGCUGUACCCCAUCCCCUUGGUCCCCAAGGGCCUGGGGAUGGGCACAAAGCCCCCCCCUUCCCCUCCACCCUGCUCGUGUAUGGCCCCGGACACAGGGCAACGGGUCCAGCUCGUGGUGCCACUGCCACAGACAAUAAAACCUCGCUGGUCAGUU